GCCAUCUUGUUUUUAGCCCACAAUCACAAAUUAAUUUUUCUCUACGUAAGCGUGGUUGUGUCUGCCUGCUGCCAGCGAAAAAAAAUUGUGUAUACCUAGAGACGCAAUUAAUACUUGGCUAAAGAAAAAAAACUUUAGUUAAAGUUAGCAAACGCUUUCUACGUAUAUAUUUAUAUACACAUAUAUAUAUAUAUAUAUAUACAUAUAGCCAUACAUACAUAUAUAUAUAUAUAUAUAAACACACCAUGCCCCGCUAUCGUGAAUGGGAUUUGGCCUGCAAAGUUUACGUGGGCAAUCUGGGCUCCUCGGCCUCCAAACAUGAGAUUGAGAACGCGUUCAGCAAAUACGGACCUCUGCGCAACGUGUGGGUCGCCCGCAAUCCGCCUGGCUUUGCUUUCGUCGAGUUCGAGGAUCGUCGCGAUGCUGAGGAUGCGACACGCGGUCUUGACGGCACACGCUGCUGUGGCACACGCAUACGCGUCGAAAUGUCCUCUGGCCGUUCGCGCGAAGGACGCGGUGGUGGCGGCGGCGGUGGCGGCGGAGGUGGCCGUCGUGGUGGCCGCAGCGGUAGCGGUGGCGGCGGCGGUGCAGCUGCUCGCGCUGGCGAUGCUGGCGGACGUUAUAGGUCACGCUCCCCGAGACGUUCAAGGACCCGCAGUCGCAGUUUCUCACGGGAUCGACGCAGCCGCUCGGACUCGAGGGAUCGCCACUAGGUGGAGCUGCAAUCAGCGCAGCAGCUCAUAAGACAGUUCUUCACAUAACCACCCGCACAGACACAAAUACAGACAGACACAGCUUCACACACACGCGCACACACACAAACACACACUCACACACAACUAGUACAUGUGUAAAGGCGCCGCGAGUGUGGCCAUAAAACAAAAAUAAUAAAAAUUCCUAUUACAGCCAGUUUUUUUUUCGGAUUAUGUAUAUAUAUAUGUAUAUAUAUAUAUAUAUAUAUAUAUAUAUAUGUGUGUGUACAAUUGUGAAUUUCGGACGACAAAAUCAGCUCCUCACAAACAAACAAGAAAAACCAAAUAAAAAAAAAUAAGUAAAAGAACAAAAAAAAAAAAAGAAGCAAAAUUAAAAAAAAAAUACAAAUUUAAUUAUAAUUAUGAAACAUUUCGAACCAAGCCGCAACAACAUAUUUAUUUGAAGGCAGCCGCGAGUUUAAGCAGAGUUUGUUGCUGCGUAUCUAGAUGUAAGUGCAUAGAGAUUAAAGAGAGAGAAACUUAUAGAAAACAACAACAACACACACAACACACACACACACACACACACCACACACACAACAGCAACAACAACAACAACAGCCUGCAAUCGGAUUGACUAGACGGAGCGGAAGGUACGAGUAUUUUGUGAAUGUUUCUAUACUUUUUUUUUUCACCUGUAUUUUUUUUUGCUCGUAAUCUAUCGACACAAAUUGUAA